GUCCACGUGGCUGCACCGGGGCCUUCUGGGGCGGACGGAGGCGCCCCGCCCCUCGAGCAGACCCCUGGACAUCAGGAAACGUCUCGAGGCGCCGGAACGUCCGGUCCCCUCUCUUGACGCCAUGGAGGUGGAAGACCUCUCGGUCAGGAAGGAGCCUUUGGCGGCGGGGCCACCCCUCUUGCCGGUGGCGGACGCGGUGAUCCCGGGGGGCCGCGCCCCGGGGGGCCGGCGGAAGGCCGGGGGCCCCCAGCGGCUGGGUCCCGAAGACGUGAUAGUGCUCUCGGACGAGGACAACGCGUCCCGGCUCAACGGACACCGCCUGCUCAACGGUGCCUGGCAGGGCCCACCCCUCUCCCAGCAGGAGCUGCUCACCCGCAGGGCCUUAGUGCGUAGCCUGCGCCAAGAACUCCGCAACGAGGAGAUGAAGCUGGUGCUGCUCAAGAAGGUACGCCAAAGCCAACUGCUGCAGAGGGAAGCUCCGCCCACCCCGAAGCCGACCCCCACCGUCGCCCCGCCCACCGUGGGUGGAGCUACGCCUACCGUGGGUGGAUCCGCACCAAGGAGCGGGGUUCCCCUGGCCCCACCCCCUCCACCUCCGAGGUCCGCCCCUACGAUGAUGGGCAACCCGGGGCAGACGCUGGCCAUGACGUCGUCUGGAAAGAUGACGUUGAGCAACCAUCACCACCACCACCAUCAUCACCAUCACCACCAUCAUCACCAACAGCAACAACAACAGCAGCAGCAACAGCAGCAACAGGCGGCGGCGGUGGCUGCGGCGCAGCACCAAGCUGCGCAACACGCAGUGGCUGCGGCGGCAGCGCAAGCUAGCAACAGUCGAAACACACCGGACCUGGUUGGCGUUGCGGCUUGGCUGCGCAGUCAGGGCGCGUCGCCGGGCGGCCCCAGCUCGCUGCCGGGUUCGCUGAGCGCCGCAAGCGCCAACGCCGGGGUGCCGCGGGGCGGCUCGUCCAACGCCGUGGGCUCGCUGCAACAGAACGUGCUGCGGCUGCCGGCCAACGCCGGGGCGACGCCGGGGGGCAUGUCCAUGAACAGCCUGGGCGGGCGUGGCAACGCCACCCACGGCUCGGCCUACAUGGGCAACAGCCACCAGGGCGGUCCGCCGGGCGCCCACCAGGGGGCGGUGGCGACGGCCGGCCAGCAGCAGCAAACGGCGCCCCAGCAACAGGGACUGUCGUCGGCGGGCGAAACCCAGAGCCCCGCCCAGCGUCAGGCGGCGGCCAAGCUGGCCCUACGCAAGCAGCUGGAGAAGACGCUGCUGCAGAUCCCGCCCCCAAAGCCGCCACCCCCCGAGAUGCACUUCGUGCCCAACGCGAGCAGCCCCGAAUUCGUCUACCUGCUCGGCCUCGAGACGGUCGUGGGCUUCCUGACGGACGGGGAGGCGGGCUCGCGCACCCUGCCGCCCGACCCCUUCUCGUGCACCCAGUGCGGCCUGGACUUCACGCCAGUCUGGAAGUGGCAGGACACGCGCCGGUCGGGCCGCCCCGCCGUCAUCUGCGAAGCCUGCGUCACGUCGAACCUCAAGAAGGCCCUCAAGGCGGAACACACGCACCGGCUCAAGACGGCGUUCGUCAAGGCUCUCCAGCAGGAGCAGGAGAUCGAGCAGCGCCUGGCUGCGGGAGGUGGCGGGGCCACGGGUUCCCCGACCCCACCCCCUCAAGCCUCCCCGACCCCGCCUCCGGCGGCCCAUUCGCCGCGGCUGGGCACGGGGGGCGGGGCCGGCGGGUUCCUGCCCAAGCUGAGCGCCCAGCAGCUGCUCCAGGCGCAGCAGUUGCAGCAGCAAUUGGCGGCCGCCGCCGCGGCCGGCGGGCACCACCAGGGAGGGCACCACCCGCCGCAGCCCGCGCACGUGCUGCCGUUUGGCCCGUUGCUGGCGGCGUACUCGUACCAGAUGCUGAGUGCGGCGGGCGCCGCCAACGCGGCCGCGGCCGGAAAGCUCCCGCCCGCGGCCGACCUGCACCGGCAGUACUUGUUGGACAUGAUCCCGCCGCGGUCCAUGGCGCAGGGCUCACUCAACUGGAAAACGUGAUGACGCGGCAAAAAGCGAUGCCCCGCUUCGUCGUGCCGGGCCGCGCCAGUCGUCCGCCGAAUCGGCGGUUGAGCGGCGCGUCUGCUUCGGUGCAGCCUUGCCAUCUGUGGAUCUCUGCGGUCGAACGGUGCCAUCGGCGGAACUCGCUGGAUUUCCGGAAUCGGCCACGGCUCGAGGACGGUUCCGCGGGCGGGCGAGCCGUGCCAAGUCAAUGCGAGUGGUUGUGGCGGCGUCUGCUACGUGUUUCGCGGCGUCGACCGCGACAAGGUGCGGUGUCUAGCCAAGACAAAGAUGCGAGCCAACACGGUUGUGUGCCGGUGUCUCCCUCCCGUAGGUGGCGGCGGUUGCGGACCGGCGCAAGAAUAGGAAUGGACUUUCGUAGACGUCGGAAGUGGGGGGGGAGGAAACAGACUGUCGUACUUUCUUGUUCAAACGGACGUCGAGUGGCAGGAGAACUUUAAUAGUGUGUUUGUUGGUGUGAACGUGUACGACAAACUUCAAUUGAACUUCUGUUGUGUUUCUUUUUUUUUUUCCCUGUAGUCCUCGGAGGCAGUAUUUAAGCGGCAGUCUCUUUUUUGCGUCGUGCAGCCUCGAUUGUAGGUACAAAGGCUCGCAAAAGUGUGAAACUGGGGAAAGGUUUUUUUUUUUUUAUUAUUAUUAUUAUUUGUGGCUGCGCGAGUAAAAUAUUUCGGAGUUGGGCUGUGUGGAGGCCGUUAGCCUGGGACUAUGGAUUUUUUUGUAAACGGAAUUUCUGGAUAACAGCUUCAAUAAAGGGUGAUCCAGUGGAGCAGCCCUCCCAAAAGUCA